GCAGCCGCCGCCAUGGCAACAACAAGGCCGCGCCUCGCUUCUUCUUCCGUCUGGGUUGCGUCACUUCCAGCACCGCCCGGACGAGGACAAGAUGGCGACGUUAGGUGAGCCGGUGCGUUUAGAGCGAGAUAUCUGCAGAGCAAUUGAAUUGCUGGAAAAAUUACAGAGAAGUGGAGAAGUGCCACCGCAGAAACUACAGGCUUUGCAAAGGGUCCUUCAGAGUGAAUUCUGUAAUGCUGUAAGGGAGGUGUACGAACACGUAUAUGAAACUGUGGAUAUCAGCAGUAGCCCAGAAGUGAGAGCUAAUGCAACAGCGAAGGCCACUGUAGCUGCAUUUGCUGCUAGUGAAGGUCAUUCGCAUCCCAGAGUGGUUGAACUGCCAAAAACCGAAGAAGGUCUUGGAUUCAACAUCAUGGGAGGCAAAGAACAAAAUUCUCCCAUCUAUAUCUCCCGAAUUAUCCCUGGUGGUAUAGCUGAUAGGCACGGAGGCCUGAAACGUGGAGACCAGCUCCUUUCUGUAAACGGAGUGAGUGUCGAAGGUGAACACCAUGAAAAAGCAGUAGAACUACUGAAGGCGGCCCAAGGAAAGGUAAAAUUGGUUGUACGAUACACACCGAAGGUCCUGGAAGAAAUGGAGUCAAGAUUUGAAAAAAUGAGAUCGGCGAAACGCAGGCAGCAAAACUAACGUAGAAUGCAAUAACUUCAAGGAAAUAUAUGCCCUUUACAUUGUGUAGUUUGGUUUGACUCAGUCAGUGCAAUGCCUGGGGUACAUAAGUUACUGUCCAUUGUCAUAGAAUUGCAGAAUGAGUGAGGUUGCAAAGGACACUUGGGGAUGACUUAGCCCAAGUCACCUGCUUAGAGGACGGUCAGCUAGAGCAGGUUGUUUAGGGCUGUGACAAGUUGGGUCUUGAGCAUCUCCAAGGACGGGAACUCCACAAGAUCUCUGGGCAACCUGUUCUAGUGUUUUGAUCUCCCUAGUGCUAAAAAGAUAUGUUUUUCUGUUUAAAUGGAGCUGCUUAUAUUAUAGUUUACGGCUGUUGCCUCUUGUCCUGUCACUGGGUACUGCUGAGAAGAGUCAGUUUUUCUUCCUUUGUUUUAAUUCUUCCGUAUCAGGCAUUUACACAUGUUGUUAAGAACACCCUUGAGCCUUCUCCAAUCUAGACAGUCUCAGUUGUCUUAACCUCUCCUUGUUUGUCAGAUGCUCCAAUCACUUAAAUCAACUUUCUGGUCCUUCUCUGGCCAUGAUCUUGUAUGCUUAUGUCAGUCUUGUACUGGGGAACCCAAAGGCAGCCACAUCAAUUAUGUCUCCUAAAAGACAAGUGGAAAAGAAGCAUUGCUUCCCUUGACUUGCUGUAGACCAGUAGGCCAUUGGCCUUUUUUGCAGCAGUGAUGCGUUAGCGACUUAUAAUUAAUUUGAUAUCUUUGUCUGCAAGGCUGUUUUCCAGUUGAUCAGCCAGCAGCCUGUGCUGGUGCAGACUGUUCCUCUCCAGGUGUAAGACUUGCACUUUCUUUUGUUAAACGUUGAGCUUCUUGAUUGUUCAUUUCUGCAGCCUCCCAAGGUUCAUUGGAACAGCAUGCAGGGAGUGUACUCUGUCCCAUCGCCCCAUUGGCAAUUAACCUGUUCAACACUAUGGACCCUAGUGCUGACCUCUGGAGUACGUCAGUACGAACUUGCUUCCAGCAGGAUUUUUUGCCACCAGUUGCAGCCUUUGGCAGUUCACCCGUCUUUUAAAGGUUUUCUAUUUCCUUGUAUUUUUCACCGUUUAAAAAGAAUGUGUCCUUUCAAAGUCAGCUAGGGUACCCUGAGAAAAACAUAUGCAUGUUGCUUUGAAUGCAUCUUUUUCACAUUAGGAAAAGCAUGCAAACAAGUUCAGGUUUUUCAAACGCAUUUAACAAGACCAAUUUCUACAACUGACAUCACUUUUUUUUCCCUAUUCUGUUUUUUCAUUUAACAUCUUCAUCUUUCUUGCUGAAUUAUUUUGCAAAGCAGAUUUUUAUGUAGCAAUAUUUUGGCACUUUUCUUAAGAACGUGGUGUAUAUUAAGUACAAAAUGUAAUCGCGGUCAACUGCAUAGCUGAUAACAGUUACCAGGUUUUAUAACGUUUUGGUGAAGACAUUAUUUUUACACUUCUGCUAAGUCAUAAUUUGUUACUCUGAAAUUUUCUUACCUCACCUGUAAAUAAUGUACAAUUGGUGUCCUCGUGUGAUGACUUUGUAAUAACUCACAUUGACAAAUUUGCAACGAUCAUUCCUGUAACUUACAUUGUUUUGUACUGAUUUUCAUGCGGUUAAGGGGGGGGGAAGGCAUUAACUGCGUUUGCAGUUCUGGGUUGACUGUAUGUAUUUUUAUAUUCAGAGUCUGAAGAUAUGUUAAUGCUUUCAAAAGGAUUUCAGGCAUUUCCCUGACUUUCUGCUGUUUUAAAAAAGUUUAUUUUAACGGUCAUAACUCUUUUUGUGGUUUUAGUAUGUCUUAUUGUUAUCAUAUCUACAGAGUAAACUGUACAGGACUUGGAGUAGUUAGUACCAAAAUCACAUAUCAUUGCAUCUGUAAGAGUAAAACCUUCUGAGACUUGCAUGUCAAGUAACCCUGGGGUGAACUUGUUUGGGGUUUAUCACUGAACUGCUGCUGAUUUGAAGGGCUCGUGGCUGUAGAAACGGUAACAUUGACGUCACUCUAGAAGUCUAUAUGGAAUGGUGCUGGGAUGGUAAUAAGAAGCCUCCAGGUUUAAGUGCUUCGUGUCUUUGCUCAAGACUGGUUGAUGGUGGCGUGCCAUUUAGAAAACCUUUAUCUGGACAGAGGUAUACUUCUUGGAACCUAUCAGGUUUGAUGCUGUACUUGCAUACUUGAUUUUAAAAGCUUCACUUUCUGGUAUAUAUCUGUAAUUAACUUGAUUGUCUACUGGAGUCUGUUGUAUGGCAGCUAUGCGUGCAUCCUAAUUGAUUUUUAACAGCUUGAUUCUUAGAGGAUUAAACUGAAAAGUGCAGUUCUGACCAUGUGACUGUUCCCAAGUUUGUUCACAUGGAGCAGAACGGUCCACUGUGAAAUAAUCAAGUAUGUGAAAGAAAGUAAAUGGUUAAGGAUCUAAAAAAGACAGCAUGAAGUCUGUGCAUUUUCAGUUGACUUGCUGGAGAAGAAGAAAUGCGAUCACUACAGGCCAGUGAGAAACACAUUUUCCUUUCUGCAUGUUUGUAAGCAUGGUAAGCCUGCAAAUAGAAGCUGGGAUUUAAAAGAUACUGAGAGUUUGAAAAUACAGUAUAAAUAUUUAACAGUUAGAUGACAUUGAGCACUGAAUUGCAUGGUUUAUUAUCUGUCAUGGGCCUGUAUCUAAAGGCCUCAUGUCACUGGUAGGACCGUGCUGUUUGAAUUGUAUAUUUUUAUGGAACAACUGAUGUUUAAAGAACUCAGACCAAAAUCUCUAGAUAGCGCAGUCGUGGGUGUGUUUUAAUUUAAUUGUAAGAUAGUAGAGACUUGUUUUAGAGCUAUAUAAGAAUAUAUAUAUAUAUAUAUAUAUAUAAAAAUAUUAAAGGUAUGGAUGCGAGGUAGAAAUGUGGUUUUUUAGGACCUGUAUCCCUCGGUGUUACUGAACAAAGCAGUGGUAUCUGUUACUCUAAGGUAACUUACUUUAGUGUAGCUUGAGCUGCUAAAUGCAAUAGCAUUGUUAUUCUGAAGUGUAGCCUGUGGAUACAGCUUGUCAUCCACUACAGCGUGAGGGGAAGGGUACCUGGGCAUAUAAGUUGUAGCGUUAAAUAAAAGGCUUUUUAAUUGCAAUAACAACAAAAUGAUAAGCAGAAAACUCAUUAACAGUCAUGUUUAGUACUAUGAAAACCUAUAACAGUAAGGAAAGGGUGGAUUAAGGUGCACCAACAAGCUUAAUUUCUUUUACUACUGAGCAGUGCCUGUACUGUGUUAAUAUGCAGUCCCUACACACUUGAUAUCUUUGGGUAUGCAAACAGUUUAAGACGAGAUAUCAUUUCUGCAGAUAAGUUCUGCAUCUGUUGCUGCUGUGAGGGAUCUUUGGGUUUUAUCAACAGAACAAAUAAAAGUUUCUCAUGCAUUGUU